GUAAUCAUCCAUCCUAACCUAAAGAGUUUACAAUUCUGUACCUCAUCGUGUUUGAUUUUAACUUUAUUACCAUCUGAAAACUCCUUUUAAGUCUAGAACACCUUCAAUGCUAAAGAACUUAAGUUUAAUUGUGAGAUUAUGACUGUCCAGUCUUCAACCCCUUCAGAGCUUUGAGAAGGGGUUAAAUAUUACCUGAGUAUGCAGGAAGCACAAAGACAGAGCUUCCAAAAUGAUACAAAACUAUUCAAGGGUCCCUAUUUGGGUUAGGGGUAACAGCAUAGAGGGUAGGCAGCUGCCCAGCUCCUGUGUUGUUUAAAGCUCAUGGUAAAUAUAAAAGCGUGUUUGUAUUUCAUCUGGGACUGUAAACAGUCUAAGGCCGGGUAGAAAGCCCAGGCCAAGACUAAAUAAUUACCACAACCAGUAGAAGGGGUUACGAUUACACAGAUAGGCAGGCAGGGUGGCAGUCACCUCCCCUGUCCACGUGGAUUCAUACCUGUCAUCGUGUAAGUCAGAGGGAGGGAUCUGAAGCCUGUGAGUGAUGUCUGGGACACUGUGGAGUUUUCUCCAGAGAAGUGGCCUAAGCCCUCGGUUAGCCGAGAAAGAUGGAAAGCAAAGCGCCAGGCUUCGCUCUACAGAGAGAAAGUGCUGUCCCUGAAGCAUCUGAGUCCACUUACCAGACACCCAGGCAUCAGCAGGAAGUGCCUCCUGGUCUGAGGGAGAGCGGUUCUCCAUCCCUCGGUCCCAGAGAAGGCGACAGUGUGUCUCUUACCUGCCAUUUGUGGUAUUCAUACCCCCACAGACAUACACACAGGCAUAGAAAUAAAUACAGAAAAAGAAAGGAUAAAGGAAAAGGGCCCCUCAGCCUGCCGGGUGACACCGUGGAACUGUCUCUGUAACCUCCACUGUUUCUGAAAACCCUCACUGAGUCUGAUGGGCAUCAGAAUUGCCUGGAGCCAAGGCUUGGAGGGUGAAUCCUCGUUAAUUUCCCUCCAACAACCUUAAACAAAUAUUAUGCCUUCCUACAGAGAAAAUGCUGCUGCCAGCCCUUCCACCCUGCAUGCUGACUGAGCACCUCCUCGGGAGCAAGGGGAGACAGAGAGCCCCAAGGAAAAGCUGUGGUACCUGAACUCAAUCUAGUGUUGAAGUUUGACACCCCUUCUCUCUGGAACCCCUCUCCAAGCCGAAGCUGAUCCUUGAUACUACCAGGGUAUUUUUUGACUUACUGGAUCUGAGAUAGGCCUGCACACCUAAUGAACUCCUGGCUGAUACUAUGGCUACUGGAAUCAUAUUUUGAAGACCACUCUAGUUUUUCUUUCAUGGGCUUGGGAUCGAACCCAGGGUCUAGAAUAUUAUAAGCACACAGCUACUACUAAACUACACAUCAGUCCCAAACCUGAACUUUCAAAAUAGAGUUCCUACACCAACAACAUGGGCAUUACCCAUAAGCUUGUUAGAAAUCCUCUUCCCCAAACUCCCGACGUCACUCACUGAUAUGCUUAAGUGGAGGUCAGAAGGCAACUGCCAGUAGUCAGUCUCGCCUUCUAACACUGGGACCCGAGGAUUACUGGGUCAUCAGGCCGGUGAGAAGCACCUUUAUCCACCGAGCCAUCACACUGGACCAGAAAUGAGCCCCACUUCAAAGUCUAUAACUGAAGAAGAUCUCAGGUAUUCCUAUGCUUAGUCCCCUCUGAAUAUUUGAACUCAGAAUCGCAGAGACUGAGUGCUCUAGUGAUUACUGUGGCCAGGUCUGCCUGGGAAACUCCUUCUCGUCUCUCUCCACAUGCCUUUAUUUCUUGGACCAGAUGGAGCCAAAAAGCCAAGAAGGCCCUCCAGCCUGAGGCAUGGGGGAAGCACAGCUGCUCCCUAGAAACAGGAAAGGGGCAAGGUGGUUCCUCCAUGAUCUAUGAUGUGAUGCGUCAGAGGAAACAGAGGCGGGGAGACUGUGGGGUUAUGAGAACCACAGAGGCUGCAGCUGGGAGCCAGAGCUCUGAGGAGCACCUGUGUCUACCCGGGACUCAGAUCCCCUAGGCCACACUCUUCAGCCCUGCUGUGCUGGUACGAGUGCCCAAUCUGGUUUCCCCGAGAAGCAAAGGGCUACAGUACCAGUGUCGUGGAGAUUGUUGUCUGCUGACAAAGAAGCUCAAUUACCUCAACACCUCAACCUACUCUGACCAGGGCGAUCGAUCUUCCAUUCUGAGAGUCAACCUGCUAGGGCCUAAGAUGCCGGCUACCUUAGGACCUGCAAAGGCCUGACCUGCCGGGCCAGUGUGCACAUUGGCUGACUGCCCUCACCAAACUUCUGAUGGCAAACCUGUUCAGUGUGCUUCUGAGAGUGUGCUGAGGAAUGAUGGGAAGUUUGCCCAGCAGAGGGAAAAACUCCAGCCCAAGCUCCAGUUCCAGCUUCUCUGGUCCAGGCCAGGAACCUGUGUCCAUACAAGCAGAAAGACAGAAGGUCUCAGCUGUGGCCCUGGGCAGUUUCCCAGCAGGUGAGCAGGCCAGACUAUCUCUGAGAGUCGGGGAACCACUGACCAUCAUAUCUGAGGAUGGAGAUUGGUGGACAGUCCAGUCGGAAGUCUCAGGCAGAGAGUAUCAUAUCCCCAGUGUGUAUGUGGCUAAAGUCUCCCACGGGUGGCUGUAUGAGGGCCUGAGUCGGGAGAAAGCUGAGGAACUUCUCUUAUUACCUGGGAACCCCGGAGGAGCCUUCCUCAUCAGGGAGAGCCAGACCAGGAGAGGCUGCUAUUCCCUGUCCAUCCGCCUCAGUCGCCCUGCUUCUUGGGACCGGAUCAGACACUACAGGAUACAGCGUCUUGACAAUGGCUGGCUGUACAUCUCACCUCGCCUCACCUUCCCCUCACUCCACGCCCUGGUGGAACAUUACUCUGAGCUAGCAGAUGGCAUCUGCUGUGCCCUCAGGGAGCCCUGUGUCCUGCAGAAGCUUGGGCCACUACCUGGCAAAGAUACACCUCUACCUGUGACUGUGCCAACGUCAUCACUGAAUUGGAAAAAGCUAGACAGGAGCCUCCUGUGUUUGGACGCACCUGCCAGUGGGGAGGCGUCUCUUCUCAGUGAGGGCCUCCGGGAGUCCCUCAGCUCCUACAUCAGCCUGACUGAGGAGACCGCCUUGGACGAUGCCUAGUCCUGAAGCUGGAAGCUAAAGGGAACCAAGGCAGUGGCACCUACAACUCUAACUUGGCUGACCCUGACAAAGCUCCCCAGAGGCAAGGCUGUGAAAGCAGACGGUGGGGGUGGGGACACACAUUCAGGGCCUCACCUGGACCUUCUGAUAAGCCUGGAUCUUCUUCCAAGGCCUCAUCCCUGCCUAUAAGUUCUAGUCUGUGUGCAGCGCAGUUCAAAGCAGGGCCAGGCCUGUACGGAGAGCAAGAGACUUCUGAGGUCUGGUAAGUCACUUCCUGAGAGGAAUGUCCAGUACAACAGCUAACCAGCCCUACUAAAAUGGAGAGAGAUCCUCACUACCAUAGAGAGAAAAAAUAUUAGGGAAAUCCACAAGUCUCAUUCAGCAUGCAAACACAUCUGAGACAGUAGAAUGGUCGGAUUGCAAAAACAAGCAGACCCCUUGAUGGCUUUACCACAGCAGACCACCUAACUCCCACACCACAGGAAGACUGAUAAUCCAGACCUUCCCCUGAUCGCCCAAGUCCUUUCAGCCAAGCUCAAGCGUUCACCCAAACUCUCCCAGGUCUUCCCUGUACACCAGUCCUGCCACCUGCUGGUCAAACACAAAAUGACACCGUUUAAAUCUCAAUCUAGACCCCUCACCUAAGUGCUGGGUCAGGACAUCAGGUGGUGGACCCUCUCUGAAAUGCCAAAACCAAGGCAAUAACCUUCACCAACUCCAGCCAAAAGAGAGAAUCUGGCUGCUACUGCUGCUGUGGGAGGAGGGGGAAGAAGGAAGAAAGCAGGGGCCAUGCUACACACUCCUCCUAGGUUCUGAGGGUAUGGUCAGUAGGUAAGCAAGGCUUUAGUUUGCGAGGCAUGCCAACACACUUUCAGUUAAAGAUUUGUUUAUUCAAGUAUCUGAAAACAUCCUACAAUGGAACUUAGUAGAUGGCUGCUUGUAUUGUACCAUGGACCACGCACAUGGUGUUUUCAGAAGACUUGAGAUGCAGUGAUGUUUAAAAACUGUACACCUGACGGAGAACCAAGGAAGACAAUGUUUCAUCCGGAUCCAGAGGCGCAUCAGAUUCAACAGCAGCUCCACUUGGCAAACAGCUGUUACAUGAUGGUAUCCAAGGACAGAUUGUUGACAAUGGACAAACUCAGAAAUGCUUCCCCAAAGGUGGAUGGUUCUUUAAAAAGUUUCACAACCCUUGCAGGAAAACACUGAUGCCCAACACGCUGAUUCUAAGUCCAGGAGACUGGGUCUUCUCGGUUCCACACAGCAGGAGUGCCCCAAUAAGCAUGUAUCUGUGCUGUAAUAAAAGGGUCCUUUGGACUGGACAGAAGGGACGGGAGCAAAUGCCAUCAGUCAUAGUGGAUGGCAGUGUAAAAGAUGAUCCAAAUGACCUACGGGAGACACAAGCAAUAUUCAUGUCGUCACGGAUGGUUAAUGCAGGCCCCUCCCCCACGUGAAGAUGGCAAUACACAACUCUGAGGUCUUUAGGAUGUUCACAAAUCCCAAACCAUCCAAGAAAAGGUCUGUUCCAUGGUCACUUACUUCCCAUCUCUCUCCCUUCAAGUACUGGCAACCAUUAACCUACUUUCUGCCUCAUGGCCUUGUGUAUUUUGGAUAUUUUACUAAGGGGAGCCAUGUAGCCUUUUAUGUCUAGAUUCUUCCAUUUGGCAUAAUGUUUUCAAGGUUCACCUAUACUGCAGGACCACAGACAAUUAUUUUACUGUAUGGCUAGAAGACACUUUACACUUCGGAUGACAGCCAUGUGAGUGGUUUACUUCUCCCUAUUAUGAAUAAUGGAUAUGUUUCAUAUGCACAUAUCUACAUUCUUGGCUUUUUCCUUUCUUUUGAGGAUAAGGUCUCUAUGUAUAGCUCAGUCUGAACUCAAAUUUGUAAUUCACUUGCUGGGGUUACAAUUGUGAACAGCCACAUCCAGCUCCAAAAAUAUGUACCAAAACAUUUCCCAGUUUCUAACACGUAGUUAACAGUGGGCCCUGGAUUUGCACAACUGUACAGCACCCUAGACCACAUCUUUUGGAGGAUUCUGCUUGAGAGGCCACUGAAAAGAACAGUAGCCUAACCACAUAGCACAGGUCAACUAGUGUUUUCUCUGAGUGACCUGACAUCCCGUAAGAUGAACAGGAACAGUUGUAAGACUACCAGCUGCACAUACCAUGAACAAGGCAAAUGACGUCAUAAACCCUUCUUUGGUGAGCUCCCAUGUACCACCAUACUCUUCCUCGUCGAUCUGUAGGUAGUUGCUGAAGUAGAGAUACAGGACUCCUGCAUUGAUCAGGCAGAAUCUGGAGUGAGGGGGAAAAACACCAAACACAGACUGUAAGCUCCGAGGCCACAGGUUCUUUCCCUCACCCCACCAUGUUCAGUUUAUUCUUUGUGUGCUGUCUCCCCACCCUGCCCAAGCAGGAGCUGACCCUCAGAAGUUCCAAGCUUAGGAAGACAGGCCCAGUCUGUCUACUUCAUCACCAUGAGAGUUAGGGUAAGUCUUUCCAGAGGGGCUGCAGCUCAUGCAUAGAAAACAGGGGGACUCUGAUAGUUAUUAGGGCUGGAGGAGUGAAGGAAAUAACACAUGAAAAUGUCUAGACCUUAAGUGGAGCUGCCUAUCCAACUAAGCUGGAGAUUUAAGGAAGGAACAACUAGUCUUAGCCGAAAGUGUGAAACAAAACAUUUAAAGCAGGGAGCAGGGGUCUCAAUGGCAGAACACUUGUCUAGCACACUCAACUUUGAGUUCCAAUCCUAGCACUGACCCAAUUCUCCAAUCUACCUUUUUUGUUGUUGUUGUUGUUGUUGAAAUAGGGUCUCACUAUGUAGCCUUGGCUGGCCUGGAAAUCUAUGUGUAGACCAAGCUGACCUCAAGCUCAUAAGAGGUCUCUACCUCCCGAGUGCUGGGAUUAAGAAGCACACCACUACACUCGCUCAUUCUCCAGUUAAAACACACAGAAUUUCUCUCCGCCUCCUUGAAGAAAUCAAUGGCUGUUAAUGCCACCCUAAACAAGACCUAAACCAGUCAUGAGUCUCAACGAAGCUCCAGCUGAAGGCUGGUCAGGGGACAGACAGUUAAUUGCUUUUGGCCUAAUAAAGCAAAUAAAAACACUGUCUGCUCUCUGCAUCAAUUCCCAAGAGCGGGCCAUUUAUGAACUUCUACUGCUUGCUACUGACUCAGUGAAGAGGUAAACCGGAUACCUUUGCCUCCAGGUUGUCAUCUACUAGGGGCUAGGAACAGCAAUGGGAAUGGAGUCCACCCUGAUGACUUAUGACGCCCAUUCCCACCCCCAGGGAAGCCUCUGACCCAGGAUGUAUUGAGCUGAUGCAGAAAUUGAACACAAUGAACAGAAAGGAUGGGGUGGGGGGUGAGUGAGUGUGGGAUGAUGCAGGGACUGCUUCCAAGGAGUGAAACAGACUGGUGUAAGAAGUACACUGGUGUUUGGUGGAAUCACUGGUAUCCUGUGGGCAGUGGCUGAGGUGAGGGUGGGGUGUACAGGCUUCACAGGUUUGGUUUGUGGCUAGGGGUAGAAUGGGUUUCUCAUGAGUAGAGGGAAGGACCAGAAGUGGGAAAGUCUGCUUUACAUCUGCUACUCAUGUCCAUGUCUCAGGACUGGAGAGCAAAUGUGUCUUGGGGGUAAGCAUGUGGCUGAAGAGGUAAGAGACAAAGGCAUUUUAAACCCAAUGCCUGUGAGUGUAACAGUUCUUGGAUUUCAAAGAAACAAGGCUUUUGAGUAUACUGUAGCCACACCCUCAUCUUCUGCCAGAAAUCUUGGCAUCUGGCCACCGCCUAUCCCCUAAAGGGCCUUUAUUUUGGACAGGCUGGCUUAACGGUUCUAGCUGGAGACUGAGAGUGAAAAGCUUAGAUAAUAAGCUAGCUCUGGAAAUGAUCACCCUUGUCUGUAAUCCAAUACCUGGGAGACUGAGGCAAGAAAGACUGCUGAAUUUCAAGGGCAGUCUCGGCUAGAAUAAGACUGUCUUUAAAAACCAAAAGUGAAAAGGGGCUGGGGAGAUGGCUCAGUGGUUAAGAGCAUUGGCUGCUCUUUCAGAGGUCCUGAGUUCAAUUCCCAGCAACCAUAUGGUGGCUCACAGCCAUAUAUAACUAAUUUCAUGGGAUCAGAUGACCUUUUCUGAUAAAAAACAUCUAAUACAUAAAAUAGACAACUCUCUGAAAGAAGCUGGUGAUGGUGCUGCAGGCCUUUAAUCCCAGAGGCAUCUGGAUUUCUGUGAGUUCCAGGGCAUCGAAGGCCACACAGAGGAACCCUGUCAUGAGGCUGGGGUGGGUUUGGAAUAGCCAAACCAGAUUAGCCCACAGUGACAAUAAGCUGAUGUGGAGAAGUAAGUCAUAGUAAGUGGGUUGACAAGGAAAAAGCUGACACAGGCACUUCCUUUCAGAGGUAAUACACGAUGCAGACAGAGGCCACAGAAAUAAAGGCAUUAAAUCUAUGGUAAGUGAGGUUAGAGGCAGGGGUGAGAAAGCCCUAGAAGGGCCUCCUCCUGACUGUGUUUCAAGGAUGAGUAUCGCUCUAUCUAAAUGAGGAAGAGUCACACAGCAUGUAAACCCAGUAUCUGAGGGGUAAACAAAUUAAUAGUUCAAGGUCAUUCUUGUAUUGGGGAGGAUGAGGAAGAUUAAGUCCAAGGUCAGCCUGCAUAAUACAGUGAGCCCCUGUCCACUGCAGUAAACAACAAAAGGGUCAGUGAGAGGCUCAUGGUUAAGGCCAAGCCUGCCAACCUGAGUUCAAUUCACAUGGUGGACAACACUGACUCCAAGUUAUCUUCUUACUUCUACAUGGAUGGGUAUCCCCUUCACACACACAAAAUAAAUCCAUGUAGUAUAUACACAGAAAUUAAACAGUUUAAAAAGUUAAGCAUUAACUGAGCAGUGAACCUAUGCUGAGCUGAGACCCAGGGGUGGGUCGUCAAUGCAAUAUCUUAGUAGACAGAAGAGUUAUGAGCCAGUACUCGGGCAAAUUACAGAACAGGAAGCAUGACUUUACUGUAGCUGACCGCCACAACAGAAUGAAAUAAAGCAAGACAGGAGCUGGACAGGGCAGCUAAACUAGAGAGGGAAAUUCACUAGAAACCAGCCCCAGGAGGUCAACCCUAAAGCAAAGGAAACUGGGGGGGGAGGGGUACAGAGAAAUAACAAAUCAGAGUUCUUGGCCUUUCCAAAGCAGAGGAGAGUGCCAACCCAGAGGAAGUCAGGGUUUGUCCUGGGUGAGAAACUGGCUAUAGUGACAGUGUGGGACUGAAUCCCAGAAACGGGCAACUCUGGCACAAUGGCCCCACACACUGGCUGAGUCAGUACAAAGUGCAUUCAGUUUCUUGUUCUCUCAGCCACAUCUUACCACUUUUUGUAAAUCUACUCACGUGAUAAUAGCAGUGGACUGACUCACGGCAUGCCUGAUGAACUGGUCUCCAUUUAGCAAGUUACUCAUUCAUCCCAUUUAAUUCACCUGUCACUCACUCCUUGUGCCCAUUUUGCUGAUGAGGAAACUGAUCUCAGGUAAGUCCAAGAUUAUAUAGCUUCAAAGCAGUAGACCUAGACCUUAAACACAGUUCUCUCUGAAGGUUUUAAGGGCUGUUUGCACACAGGAGAAGAGCAAUGAACUACUCUGGUAUUGUCAGAUCUUCCCAGACAGCAUGUCUUCAGAGAAAUCCUUUCAGAAUCCCAUGCCUUUGGUCCCAGCACUAGGGAGGCAGAAGCACAUGGAUCUCUGUGACUUCAAAAUCAGCCAGGUCUACAAAGUGAGUUCCAGGCAUCCAGAGUUACAGUUAAGUCACCAUCUCAAAAAAGGAACCAUAACAAAAUCUUACAAAAGGGCCUCAGUGGAGCAAAGGUCCCUGCUGGCCCAAGCUCAACCUCACAUGGUGAAAGGAGAGAACCAACACCUUAAGUUGUUCUGAUUGCCAUGAAAACUAAUAAAAAACCAGUAUUUUUAAUGUUUUAAGAGAUGUAGAGAUACCUUAGUGGUUAAGAACACUAGUUCUAUAAACAUGAGGAUCUGAGUUCAAAUCCCCACCACUCACAUAAAGCCCAGUCUUGGCAACAUGUUUGUUAUUCCAGUUUUGGGAGCUGCAGACAAGCAGAUCUUGGGAGCUCACUGGCAAGCCAGCCUAACGGGAUGGUGAGCUACCGGUUCAGUGAGACCCUGUCUCAAGGCAACAUCGCACAGAGCAGCAAAGGAAGGCACCCGGCAUCCUAUUCCGGCCUCUGUAUGCAUAUACAUUGCAUACUCAUGUGCAUGUACCAUGCAGCUAAGAAAAAAACAGUCUUGUAAGAUCUGAUGGGUGGGGGAGCUCUGAACUAGCACCCUCUCUCCCUUACACUGGUGGCUCUGGAGGAUGAGAACUCCUCUGGCCUUUAGACAGCUCCUCGUCCUCUGGCACUGUUCUCUGCCUUUUCAUUUAGCUCAAGUAAGGUAAUAACAUUCUGUCCUUACACCUCAUCCACGGAAGAAGAGCUGUAUGAAACCUAGGCCCAAUAUCUUGUCACCCCUAACAUGUUUUAGGCAUCCAACAUGAAUCCUUAAUGGUUUCCUUAUAUAAUGCCUGCUCAGUAUAAAAAAAAUGUAGGACACCUUUUUGGUUAGGAGGCACAGAGUUGUAGGUCCCCCUUUCUCAGUGUUUGUGUGGUUUCAGUUAUUCACCGUCAAUCAUGGACCAAUGGGAAAUUCCACAAACAAACAUGUACCAUGCAUGCAGGCUGUGUGAAAUCUGCUGCCCUGCUUCAUGGCAGCAUCCCUCCAUUUACACUGUAGACUAUCCUGCCUGUCAGUCAAUGGUGACUUGGUUAUCACAACCUGUGACAGUGUCAGUGCUUGUGCUCAAACAACCCUGGCUCUACUUAGUAACAGCCUCAAAAUAAAGCGAUCCUAGCAAUCUGGAUACACUAGAAACGCCAUUAAGUACUUCUGCAGAUAUCUAACAUUAUCACUGGCCGAAGUAGUGUAUGACAAUUAGGUAUUUUGAGACAAAGAGAACCAUGUAAUUUUAUUACACAGUUUACAUUGUUAUAGUUGGUUUUUCCAUUUGUUUUCAUUUUUUUAGAGACAAGGUUUCUCUGUGUAACAGUCCUGGCUGUCCUGGAACUGACUUUGUAGGCCAGGCUGUCCUGGAAUUCAGAGAUCUGCUUGCUUCUACCUCUCGAGUGGCUGGGAUGGAAGGUGUGUGCCACCUUGCCAGCUACAGUUGUUAUUUUAUUAGUUACCGCUGUUAAUCUCUCACGAUGCUUUAUUUGUGAUUUGUUAAAAUGGUUUUCUGAAAGUUGUCCUUCAUAUCCUUGGCUGACUGGCCAGGAACUCACUAUGCAGUCCAGCUGGUCUCAAACUCACGGCGAGCCUCCUGUCUCAUGCCCGUUAAGUACAGAGAUUACAGGCAUGCACCAUCAUGUCUAAAGCUUCACUUACAAUUUAAACUUUCUUGGAGAUAUGCAAUUGGUUGUGGGUAUCCACUGAGGGUCUUAGAAUAGAUCGUCAACAAGAGGGACUACUAUAUAUAUUUUUUGGAUUACUACUGUCCAAAAAUUAUCCAACUCUAUUUCUGAAACUCACUUCUCCCUCUCUAAAGAACUAAUAAGAGAGUGGAGAGAUGGCUCAAUGGCUCAGUGGUUAAGAGCACUGACUGCUCUUCCAGAGGACCUGGGUUCAAUUCUCAGAACCUACAUGGCAGCUCACAACUGUCUAAGUCCAAGAUCUGACCUCAUCACGCAACACAUGCAGGCAGAACACCAAUGCACAUUUAAAGAAGAAGGAAAAAAAAAAAAAAAAAAAAAAACCAGAAA